UUUGUAGACGUACAGUACCUCCACAAUACACAACAUCAGUUCCGAGCAAGACUAGACGAGCAAAUUUCGCGCGAGAUCUCUGUGCACUUGAGUCGACCCUUUCCCGAUACUAAUCGAGCCCAGCAACAAUGCCAGCGGGGCCAGAUAAAGUUGUCUUGCACCCGCUGGUGCUGCUCAGCGUGGUCGACCACUACAAUCGGGUUGCCAAGGACACAAAGAAGCGCGUAGUGGGAGUACUAUUGGGAGAGCUUUACAAGGGUCAAAUAGACGUCACCAACAGCUUUGCGCUGCCCUUCGAGGAGGACGACCAUGACACCAGCAUCUGGUUCCUGGACCACUCCUACUUGGAGCAGAUGUACAAAAUGUUCAAGAAAGUGAACGCUCGCGAGAAGAUCGUGGGCUGGUACUCCACCGGCCCCAAGCUGCGCGAGAGCGACCUGGACAUCAACGAGCUGAUGCGCGGCUUCUGCGAGAGCCCCGUGCUGGUCAUCUGCGAGGUGCAGCCCAAGGAGGUGGGGCUGCCCUUCACCGCCUACUACGCGGUGGACGAGGUGCGCACCGACGGCACCGAGAAGGCCAAGAAGGUGUUCAACAGCCUGCCCACCGAGGUCGGGCAGACGGAGGCGGAGGAGAUCGGUGUUGAGCACCUGCUGCGGGACGUCAAGGACGCCACGCUGUCCUCGCUGGCGGGUGACGUCAGCUCCAAGCUCAUGGCGCUCAAGGGGCUGCAGGGUCGCCUGGGCGAGAUCAGCGAGUACCUGCAGCUGGUGCUGGACGGCAAGCUGCCCACCAACCACGACGUCAUCAACAUCGUGCAGGAGAUCUUCAACCUGCUGCCCAACAUGAACGUGGAGUCGCUGUCCAAGUCGCUCGCGGUCAAGUCCAACGACAUGAUGCACGUCAUCUACGUGGCCAGCAUGGUGCGAUCCAUCCUGGCGCUGCACAAGCUCAUCGACAACAAGGAGGGGCGCCUGUGGGCGGAGAAGGAGGCCGCCAAGAAGGAGAAGGAGAAGGCGGAGGACAAGGCGAAGAAGGAGGCCAAGGAGAAGGAGGAGAAGGAGAAGGCAGACGCCAAGGCCAAGGCGGACGGCAAGGCGGAGGACAAGGACGGGAAAAAGUAGAUAGGCCACUGGGGAAAAGGCAUGUAGGCAACCGGAGCAGAGGCAUGACUGUCGGACGAGGGGUGCGCGUAAUUAGUAUGUUGCGCGUAUGUUGUACGAGUGCUAUGGAACAGGACAAGGGUGGCGAAGUCCCGCGUGUUGUAGGGGUAGGGUGUGCGGUUGGGAAUGCGGGGAGGCGGUUGCUGCGCCUGGGAUAGGUGCUGGGGGCUGAGCGGUGCCGCAGCUGGCUGCAUGACGGACAAGCGUUGACUGUGCUGGCUUGGUGUGGGGAGUGCGAUUGUAUAGACGCGCUCAUACGUGACCAGGCCCCCUGCCACUUUUCCCACGAGAGUCUGAGAAUUGACCCAGAAUGCUCCUUUGACGACCGACUGCGCCUUAGUCAGGCCAAACCGGCACUACGUAUAAAUGCCGACUAUGUCUUGGAACCGCGUGGAUGGCUUCGAGGGGAACGAGACUCGUUUGGGAGCGACGUCGCUAGGACACGUGUUGUUGUUCAGCCCUGGGGAGGCCCAAGGAGCGCGCAGCCCUCUGCGCAGCUCUGGGCGGACAGCCCUGGUCGCACGGCUGCUGA